AUGAGCCUGAAUAAUGAUCUGGGAGGCGCAGAGGAAGACCUCGAGGAGUGCGGCGGCAAAGAUGUCAAGGCAGUACUUGAGGUCGAGGCGGAGGCGGAGGGCAGUAUUGUCGAAAGUGUUGCGGAAGCGGGAGAAGAGCGACACCACCGCGGCGAGGAGGGAGUUGGUGGCGGCGAUGUCCCCCGCGUUGACGGCAGUGCCGAGGGAGGACACGAUGGACGGGAGGAGCGACUCCCACCUGGUUGGGAAAUCGGAGGUCGCGGCGGCGGCGAGGGCCCCGGAGAGCUGCGCCUGGAUGAGGGGCGGGGCGGGGCGGUGAGGAGGAGCUGGAGGAGGUGCGCCUUGAUGAUGGCGCAGUCGGAGGCGGGGAGGUGGUCGUCGGCGGGCUUGGGCCACCGGCGGCGGAGCAGGUUCUUGAAGUGGACGGAGGCAGCGAGGCGGGGCUGGAGGUCGUGGCGCGGGGAGGCGGCGAAGCCGAGGAACGCGAGCGCGAAGCCCGGGGAAGAGGCGGAGGAGGAGAUGCUCUGCUCGGCGGCAAGGCGCGCGGCGGCGUCGCGUGAGAGCGACUGCGCGAACUAG